AUGGAGAGGAUCUUUAAUGCUAAGAUGUGUCGGGAGGAGAGAAAACUUGCCUUCGCAGUGUACAUGCUCACUAGAGAGGCAAAGCAUUGGUGGGCUAGCAUGAAGUCUAUUAUGCAAGAGAAGCAGGAGCCAGUCACAUGGGAAGCAUUUAGGAGGAAGUUCCUCUUCGAGUACUUUCGUGAUAGCGUGACAUAUGCUAAGGAGGUGGAGUUACUCCAACUGACCCAUGGGAACAAGUCCGUGGCAGAAUAUGCAGAGAGGUUCAAACACCUCGGGCGCUUCUACACCAUGCCCUUAGAUGAGGUUUGGAGGUGUAUUAAAAGUGGAAGCAGUGAUAAAGUGGGAACGUCCCAAGUCAGCAGCAAAGAUCAGAAGCUUCGUGGGUGUGAAGAAAGCUUUCAAGAGCUUAAGAAAAGGCUGACAAGUGCUCCAAUGUUAGUUAUCCCUGAUGUUGGUAAACCCUGUGAGGGGAAUAAGGCGGUGACGUAUGAUUCGAGGCAGCUUAAGGUGCAUGAGAAGAACUACCCCACCCAUGACAUGAAGACGGCAACACUGAGGAGGUGGAUAAAGUUCUUAAAGGACUAUGAUUUCGAAAUCCUAUAUCAUCUGGGAAAGGCGAAUGUGGUGGCAGAUGCUUUGAGCAAGAAGACAGUGCAUGCAGCACACCUUAUGAUUAAGGAGUUGGAGUUGCUAGAGAGAUUCAAAGACAUGAAGCUACAAGUUGAAUUGGUAUCAGAGUUCAUUAGGUGUAGUGCGUUGGCUAUAUCUAGUGACUUUUUGAACUUAGUCAAUGAAAAGCAGUUGGUGGAUGCCAAUUUGAAAGGAGUGAGAGAAUUGCUUGGAUCAGAUGAAGCGAAAAAGUUUGCCUUGGGUAGUGACAAUGUACUUAGAUUCAGAGGCAGGGUGUGUGUACCUGAAGAUGCUAAGGUGAAGAGAUUGAUCCUUAAGGAAGGACACAAGAGUCGUCUCAGUUUGCAUCCUGGUAUGACUAAGAUGUACUAG